AUGACUAGAGACGCUUACUUAGAAGAAAUCAAAGAUUAUUUAUACGGUGAUGCUACCGUUGCAAAAAUAUGGGGUGUUGCAACUCCUGCAUUAAGUGAACCCCAACCACCAUCUGAAUUCCCAGAUUAUUCUAAAGGAAACAGGUACACUUGUAGGGAUUCCGAUUUUUGGACUUCGGGAUUUUUUCCAGGUUCUCUUUACACUUUAUUAGCCAGAAACGAAAAGUACCCAGAGUAUUUCCCAAGCCAGAAAAUCAAUCCAGUUAAGUUGGAAUAUGCAGCAAAAUGGUGGGCCGAAGGUAUGGUCAAACAUAAAAACAAAACUGAUAACCACGAUUUGGGUUUUAUGCUUGUUCCUUCUUUCGAAACUGAAUAUUUGCGUAGCGAAAGUGAAAAAUCCAAGGAAGUUUUAAUUAAGGGAGCAAACUCUCUAGCUUCUAGAUUCGAUGAAAAGGUUGGUUGUAUUAGAAGUUGGGAUGAGCUCUUUCCAAUCAAGGGAGAAGGCAGUAGAACAUCAAAUUUUGAUAAAGAUUUAGUCGUUAUCAUUGACAAUAUGUGCAACUUAAAUCUUUUGUAUUUGGGAGCGGAGUUGAGUGGUGAUUCCCGUUUAGCAGAUAUUGCAACUACACAUGCUGAAACCACCUUGAAAAAUCACUUCAGAGAUGACUGGUCAUCUUAUCAUGUUGUGAUGUACGAUAGAGAAACAGGUAAAGCUAAGGAUAAGUUUACGUUCCAAGGUUACGCUGAUGAAUCGGCUUGGACUAGGGGCCAGGCAUGGGGUAUAUUAGGUUACGUAGAAACCUACAUGUACACAAAGGAUAAAAAAUUUUUAGAUGCUGCAUUGAAUAUUACCAAAUACUACUUGUCAAUGUUGCCAGAAGAUGGUGUUCCACCAUGGGAUUUCGAUGCACCUGACAAACAUAUUCGUGAUGUUUCGUCUGGUAUGGCUGCAGCAUUUGGUAUGCUCAAAAUUUAUGAAUGUACUAAAGAUGAAGAAAUAUUAAACUAUGCUUUAAAACUUGUGAAUGACUGUAUCAAACUUGCUUAUAACAAAAAGGCUACUUUGAACAAUGAUGGUACUGUAGACCUUGGACAAACUGAUACAAUUUUAGGCAAAUCUACAUUUAUUAAUAAUCCUGAUGUAGUCGAAGAGUGGAAAAUAUUUGAUCAUGGUUUGGUUUAUGCUGACUAUUAUUUCUUAAUGAUUGGAAACAAGUUAUUAGAACUUGGACUUUAUAAAUAG